AUGUCAACAGCAUAUUUUGAAUAUCUACUCAACAAAUAUAAAACGAACAUUGUCAUAGGCGAAGAAGACUGUCUCUAUUUGAACGUGUAUACCAACGAUGUAACACCUUCAAAGAAAAGUGCUGUGAUGGUAUGGAUACAUGGUGGAGGCUUUUUUUUGGGAGACGGUACCCUCGUUUUAUUACGGUCCCGAUUAUAUCAUGCGAAGGAUGUGGUUUUCUCAAUUUUGAUGAGAAAAUGGCAACCAGGAAAUCAGGGCUUAAAAGAUGUAGUUAUGGCGUUAAGAUGGAUUAAAAGAAAUAUAUUGCAAUUCGGUGGAGAUCCCGAUAACGUCACAAUUUUUGGUCAAAAUGCGGGUUUAUUUCAUAAAGCAAUAUGUCAAAGUGGUGUCAUGACAGUUCCUUGGGCUUUCACUGAACAAGACGAUGCUAUCAAUAACGGUCUGAUGUUAGCUCAGAAGCUUGGUAAUGCGACUUUUGAUCCGGAAGACGCCUUGAAAUUUCUGAAAGACAUAGACGGAAGAAAUUUGAUAGCAGCGGAGAUUGGCUUAGAUAUUUUGCUUGCAUUUACGCCGACCGUGGAUUCCAAGUCAUCGAAUCCUUUUUUACCAGAAAAUCCAUUGCAAUUAUUACGUAAUGGAAUUGAAAUACCAAUUAUGUUCGGAUAUAAUAACCAGGAAGGCAAUUGUUUCAUUAAUGCCACUUUUGUCGGCCUGUUAAACAACGAGACUUUAAAGGAAAUUGAUUAUGAUUUCAAGAAAGCCAUAUAUCCUAGAGUUUUGCGUCAAUUACCACAACUUGGGAUCACGCAUAUCUAUAGAGGCAUUAUACAAGCAAUUGAUACUCAAAUGAAUUCUAAUGUUAACGAGUCGACUUACUUGUACAAAUUUUCGUACAAAAGUGAAACCUCUCCUGUGAAGAAAAUAUUUUUUCAAAAACCGCUUUCAGGUACAUCUCACUUCGAGGAACUGGGCUAUUUAUUUUAUCCUCAUAUAGGAAAAACAUUCGGUGUGUUACCAUUUGCACGUGGUACGCCGGAUUAUAAAAUUAUGGAAUACUUAACGCAGAUGUGGACAAAUUUUGCUAAAACGGGAAAUCCAACACCUUCUUCAGCUAAUUUUACAUGGUCUCCAGUGAAAAAUGGAACUACGUAUGAUUAUUUAAAUAUUAUUAAAAAACCUCGAAUGAAGAUUCUUAUUAAAGGAAACCAACGAUGGGAUUGGGAGAACAGACUUAAAUUAUCAAAAGAGUCAUCCUUCGCUGCAUCGUCGAACAGAGUAACAGUAAAUGUGUUUGAAGGGACAUUAGUCGGCAUCGUCGAAGAAAGCAUCUAUGGUUCUUACAAUGCCUUUCGUGGAAUAUCAUAUGCUAAACCUCCAGUGGGUGAUCUCAGAUUUCAAAAAAACACGCAUUCUUAG